UUGAGUAGCAGAACUAAGAAUGCAAGUGGCGAAUCUCUAGGUGGCGCUAAACGCUUAAGCGGCAUGGCAAGCGUUUCGAUUUUUGUCUGUGGUUUGUUAAUAGUUCCCCAUUUUGCGUUGAUUUUGGUGAAGUGGAAUAGUGCUAAAGCAUUUUUAUGUAGUGUUGAAGCAUUAGAAUUAAACAAAAAUGGAGAAAAGAAAGGAAUCUUUAAGUGACAUAAAACUGUGUAGAUUUUGUUUAACUCAGGAUUCAUCAUUGACCAGUUUAUAUGAUCGAAGUCGGGACCCCAUAUUAGUGACUCUUCCUUUGAAAAUUAUGGCAUGCGUUUCUAUCGAGGUAUUUCCAUCAGAUAAGAUGCCUUCCUACAUUUGCGAGCGCUGCAGGGUCUUCAUGGACAUUUGCUAUGACUUCAAACAAAUUUGUCGGCGGGCUGAUGAGUCCUGCCUUCAGUUUGUCCAAAAUGGGGUCCCUAUCAGUGCUGUCAAUUGGCCUUCUUCACUUACAAAGAUAUUUCAACUGACGAAAAGAACUGCGUCUAGGCCAAUUAACACUGUAGUAGAAGGAGGAGCGACAAUUGCAGUUACAUCUCAAGAUAUGUCCGAGAAUGAUAAUGAAGAUGAAGAGACAUUCAACAUAAAGAUUGAUGCUUCUCGUGAUGGAUCCAAGCGUAUCAAAGUAACACCUAGUGGAGACAAAGAAAGUGCAUCUAAAAAAGCAGGUUGGUGGGAGACAGCGGUAAGGAAGGGUGUGAUGGUGCGCGUGCGCCGGCAGUCGAGCGGGCUGGGCUCGUGGCCGUGCGACCAGUGCGACAGCAGCUACUCGCUGCACCAACUGCUCGACAUACACAAAGCCAGGAAGCACCGCGCCAGAAAUGUACAAUGCGAACAGUGCGAUGCUAAAUUUUUCUCCAAAUAUGACUUACUCACACACAAAUUACGUCAUUCCAACGAAAUGCCGUUCCAAUGUGUUGCUUGCGAUAAAAAAUUCAAACGGCUUAUUUUGCUUAAAAGACACGAAAAGAUGAUGCAUUCUAAUUUACCUCUACAUUUGUGCGAAAACUGCCCCGCCACAUUCCUGUCCACCGUGGAACUGGAAGCCCACAAAAAAAGGCACGAGGGCUAUGCAAAUCGGCAACAUGUCUGCACAAUAUGUGACAGAAAGUUUCACAAAAGAAACACUCUGGUUCGGCACCAGGACGUCGUGCACGGGAACAAACAAUUCUCUUGCGAGUAUUGCCCCCAGCGAUUUACCUCCGUGUCCAAAUUAUCACGGCACGUGAGGGCACACGCCGGCGACCGGGCGUAUCCGUGCAAAUACUGCAACAAGAGCUUCCUGAAGUCGCAUCAUUAUACCAGGCAUCUCCGCUUGAAACACGAGGAGCAAGUGCGGCAAGCGCGCGGCGGCGACGCGGAGUUCCGCUGCGAGCAGUGCACCGAGACCUUCGGCACCCAGGACGAGCUGUACUACCACUCGGCCAUCCACGCCACGCAGAACCUCACGUGCCCGCUCUGCCAGGAGAAGUUCGAGAACGUGGACGCCGUCACCACGCACAUCAGGACCCACGUCAACGGAAUAGAGUUCAUGUGCGACUACUGUGAGUUGGUGUUCACGUCUAAGGACAAGCUGGACGCGCACAUGAUUGCGGCGCAUGACGACGAAGCUUGGCCUGCCAAGGAGAUGGACGAGUCGUCGCUGGAGGCGGACGCGAUGGACGCGGACGUGGACGAUGACGACGAUGACAACGGACUCAAUGUUAAAGAGGAAGGCGACCACAUGGUGGUAGAAAUAAAGAAAGCGGAUGGCUAUAUGCUCAAGAAAGAAAUUGAAGUUGGACAAAUCAUUACUACUAACUCUGAAGGUUCAGGUGUGAGUGUGUACACAGACAGCGACGCGGGCGGGGGCGCGGAGGCGCCGCGCGAGGCCGCCCGGCGCCCGCCGCCCGCCACCAAGUCCGAGGCCACCUCCUCGCGCCUGCCCGCCGCCAACGAGAGGAUAAGCAUUUUGCGCAAGGCUGAGGCAAUGAAACGCAAGGCAGUUGUAAAAGAAGAACCUGAUGUCCCCCAGAAGAAAGAGAGGGGUGCGAAGGUUGACAGCACCACCAGCAACGCCGGGUCCAGCGACAAGUCUCUCCGCAUUCUGGAGAAGGAAUUACAAGAGCUUAAAAGGACUACAACAAGAGUAGAAGGCAAGCCGGCAAAAGCAGGGGAAGCGAAGAGCAAACGGCAGGCCGUUCAUACCUCCACGCCAAAACUGAGGCUCGAUUUUAGAUCUGGCGACGACAAGAAAGCACAAGCUACGCCCAAGCUUACUACAGCAGUGGAAAAGAAGCCCGUGGAGCGCCGCAUACUCAACAAGGACCCCAAGGACGCCGUGGCCAGGAACACUGUCACCAGCUCGAAGGAUGACAAAAACGUCUCCAGCACCAAGGAGGACAAGCCCGCCGCGGACCGCGUCGACGCCGCCAAGGACAACCAUAACAAGAAAAACAGCAGGGAAGACGAAAAGCCGCCCGAGAAAAGCAAAAUGGCCGACAAGAAUAUACCCGAGAAGGAAGACAAAGGCGCCAGUAAAGAGGCCAAGGGUAAAGUUACGAAGGAGGACGUACCCAGCUCCAGCAAGAUCGAAGCUAGCUCGAGCACCAACGCGGAAAAGAGCGCUCCCGCCAAGAACGAAGACAAGACCGUCAAGAACGGCGACACGAGCGGCUCUGAAGACAGCUCGGUACGUCGGUCAACUAGGCCAUCGAAAAUCAAGAACUAUGCCAGCAUGAUUCGUGACAGAACACGAAUGAUUCGAGAUGCGGAUGAUGAUGAAGAAAUUUCGGAUAUGGAAGACGAAUUCGUUGGACCGGAGCCUGAUGUAACACAGAGUCCAGAGCCGCCCGCGCGCAAGAGCCUGCCGAAGCGGCAAAAGGCGGCGACUCCCGCCGCCGCCGCGUCCACGCCGACCGCCACCCCCGCCGCGCGGCGUCGCGGGCGCCCGCGCAAGGAGGCGACUCCAAAGGAAAGCGGGGAGGACGCAGAAGUAGACCCCCCAACGGUUAAGGAACCUGAAGAAAAACCAGAGGAACCCACCAAAGAACCUGAAGUUACGAAUAAAGAAAUUCCUUCAGAACCCCAAACCACUCCGGUACAGGCAACAACGCCGCCCACGAGCACUGAGCCGCAAGUGAACACGCUCAUGUCACCCACGGGACAAACAUUGAAAAAAGUGCCUGUAAAAGCUUUACCACCGGGAGUUAAGCCUUUGCCGCUGACACUUAACGCUAGACCAGGUGACCUGUGUCAAAUGCAAAUUGGAAAGAAAAUGGUGAAGGUGCAGAAGAUCGUUAUGACCAAAGCGGAAGUCGAAGCGAUGGCUAAGAAAGGGCUUUUGGAGUUAAAGGACGGGACCAUGGUGCUGAAGCAAGGCAUCAAGCUGCCAGGUGGCGACCCUGCUGUCCUCAAGUCAGGGCUGGUUAGCCAAGGAGCGAUUCGAAAAGUGUCAGCCACCCCAACGCGGUGUAAUUUUGAAGGCGAAGAAGGAUAAUAACUUCUAUAAAAGAUCGAAAUAAUGAAUGUCUUCUUAAGCGUAUCAUCAGCUAUAGCAAAGAAUUACGUGUGUCUCUACGUACCACUCUCGAUGUGAUUCUAAAUAAUGAAUUUGCAUCUUAUUAGGUUAGGCGCUUAGAUUAAUGUUACUUUAUAUAAUUAUUAGUUAAUGGUAUGAAAGUAUUUUUGUUUAAAACUACAAUUACCCUUUAGACUGUGUGAAUCUUAUUUUGAAGAAGGUAUUUGAACGAGUGAACGCUUCAUA